GGGGACGCCGCCGCUGAAGGCCCGGAGCCAUGACCGCCGCGCCCGCGCCGCUGCUGCUGCUGCUGCUGCACGCCUGCCUGCUGCUCGCCCUCGUCUGCAAGCCAGGCUGGUGCUCUGAGGACGAAGAGCGGCUGGUGCGCGACCUGUUCCGUGGAUACAACAAGCUCAUCCGGCCCGUGCAGAACAUGACGCAGAAGGUGGAGGUGCGCUUCGGACUCGCUUUCGUUCAGCUCAUCAACGUGAACGAGAAGAAUCAGAUCAUGAAGUCAAACGUAUGGCUUAGACUGGUGUGGAACGACUACCAGCUGCAGUGGGACGAGGCCGACUACGGAGGAAUCGGCGUUCUGCGUCUGCCGCCCGACAAAGUCUGGAAGCCGGAUAUCGUGCUCUUCAACAAUGCCGACGGGAACUACGAGGUGCGCUACAAGUCCAACGUGCUCAUCUACCCCAACGGCGAGGUGCUCUGGGUCCCGCCUGCCAUCUACCAGAGCUCGUGCACCAUCGACGUGACGUACUUCCCGUUUGACCAGCAGACGUGCAUCAUGAAAUUCGGGUCGUGGACGUUCAACGGAGACCAAGUGUCCUUAGCGCUGUACAAUAACAAAACCUUUGUGGACCUGUCCGAUUACUGGAAGUCGGGUACGUGGGACAUUAUCGAGGUGCCGGCCUACCUCAACAUCUACGAGGGCAACCACCCGACCGAGACGGACAUCACCUUCUACAUCAUCAUCAGGAGAAAGACGCUGUUCUACACGGUGAACUUGAUCCUGCCCACGGUGCUCAUCUCGUUCCUCUGCGUGCUCGUCUUCUACCUGCCGGCCGAGGCCGGCGAGAAGGUCACCCUCGGCAUCAGCAUCCUGCUGUCGCUCGUCGUCUUCCUGCUGCUCGUCUCCAAGAUCCUGCCGCCCACGUCGCUGGUGCUGCCGCUCAUCGCCAAGUACUUGCUGUUCACGUUCAUCAUGAACACGGUGAGCAUCCUGGUGACGGUCAUCAUCAUCAACUGGAACUUCCGGGGCCCGCGCACGCACCGCAUGCCGCCCUGGAUCCGCGCCGUCUUCCUCUACUACCUGCCCAUCCUGCUGCUGAUGCGCCGCCCCAAGAAGACGCGCCUGCGCUGGAUGAUGGAGAUGCCCGGGAUGGGCGCGCCGCCACACGGGUCGCCGGCCGACCUGCCGAGGCACCUGCCUCCGGUGGCGGCGGCGGCGGCGGCCGCGGCGGCGGCGGGGGCGGGCCACGGGCCACGCGCCAAGCUGGAGGCGGUCGAGAUGUCCAACCUGCACCACCCCAACUGCAAGGUCAACCGCAAGGCCAGCGCCGCCGAGCUGCCGCCCGCUCGCCGCGAGAGCGAGAGUUCCGACUCGCUGCUGCUCUCGCCCGAGGCCUCCAAGGCCACCGAGGCGGUCGAGUUCAUCGCCGAGCACCUCAGGAAUGAGGACCAGUACAUCCAGAUCCGGGAGGACUGGAAGUACGUAGCAAUGGUCAUCGAUAGGCUGCAACUUUAUAUCUUUUUCUUGGUGACCACGGCAGGUACAAUUGGUAUUCUGAUGGAUGCUCCACAUAUAUUUGAAUAUGUGGACCAGGACAGAAUAAUUGAGAUUUAUCGAGGAAAAUGAGUGACUUCCAAGAGAGUUCAUUUUCCUUCUCAUUAUUAUUUUGUGACUGUUCUCAAAAUCAGGACAGUCAGUUAUUUUGAGUGCAGUGUACAACAGAUGUUCCUGUGAAUGAACAUCGUAAACAGUUGAAAGAAGUCUGCAUGCUCUAUGAGCUAUAUAGUGAUAAUCUGUUACUUAAUAGUGAUGGUAAACUAUUCAAACUACAACCACCAAAUCAAGAUACAAUUCAUUAGAUAAAAUGCUAUAUGAUAAUAAAUGAACUCAUAAUGAAUGACCCAUUCAAACUGAGUACAGUUGAACUUGUUGUUAUUAAGUGGCAACCUAGAGUUGAUGAGUGGCUAGUAAGAUGAUAGGCCUAAUGGUUGUUUUGGUCCUAGUUUAAGAACAUUCUUUUAUAAUCAAAAGAAGAGGGGAGUGUUUUGGAAAAGUGGAACAAUGACAUGGAAAUCAUAAAUGUUUCCUUUGAAUAAGGAAUAAUGAGUGCUCAAAUUACAUCCUAUUACAAAAAGGAAUUAGAAUAUUAUCUUCAAAAUUAAAGUGGAGGAUGCUUACACAAUGUAAAUCGCCUUCUAUACAUCAAGAUAUGUCAUUAUAUCUUUGUACAUAUAUUAAUGGAAAGAGUGUAAAUAGCCCUCUACAGUAUAAAAGAACAUGUUGUUACAUACACCAAUCAAAGUUGUGCCCUGUGAUUUGAAAAUGACAGUGGCUGUGGAAGAAUAGUAGAAGGUCAUUCGCAAGUCAUUUUACUUUCGUAUUACUUUGAGUGCACAUUAGAUUAUGUAGACAACACCAUGUUAGGAGUUGUAGGUGCUUCAUAUCUGCAGUGAAUCCAUAUGGAAUACUGCAAAGUGAAAUUCACCAGUACAAAGCAAAAUGGAAGUUUUGGUGACAGAUUACAUGUUUGAAGAAUAAUGUCCACUUACUGCCAAAAAUGUACGUAACAAAUCUUCUGUAAGUUUCAUACAGUUUCUGUUGUGGAUAAUUCUCUUAGUAUCAAAAUUUUGUAUUACUUUUAAAAUUUUAUUGUAUAUUUUUAUGCAGAUUCAUCCUGUAUAAAAUUUCACAUUUUGUAUAUUGUCUUCAAAAGAAUUUCUCUCAUCAUUAGAAAGCCCUGAUAGGAUUAUUUAGGGUGAGGUUCAAAGAAAUUUAUGUAUUUUAACAAAAUGAUUACACUGCCCAAUUUCUUUGUCUAUGAAUCAUUGGGUAUGUUUUCAUAAUUGAGAAAGUACUGAAGGCCCUCAUUAAAAUGAAAAUCUACAGAUGCUAAAUGCUUGGUGCUGGCUUCUUUUUGAAAAGCAUGUGGCAUUUACACUAUAUCAUAACAGGUAAUGUUUAUUCCUCUUCUGCAUCCUGUCAAAUUGGUAAUAUUUUCCAGUGAUGAUCAUUAUUAUUAUGCUUACUAAAUUCUUCUGUUUGAUUGUUUCUUGAUAAACACUGGUUCUGUUGAUAUACCUUAUGUCUAUAAUGGUGAUUUAUACUUUUGCUAAAUCGGUUUUUAACAACUUCCAGUUUUUCUAAAAUAAGAAGAGGAGAAAAGUGUUAGAUUCUGGACGCAAUAAUGUAGAAUUAUAUGUUCUUCCUGUGAGCAGCUUACAUUUAAUCCAAUUUUGUUGCUACUUCAGCAGUUUGUUUCAUUAUUAUACAUCAAUGAAUUAAGCUGUUCCAGUUAAUGCAGUAUUUAUUUCUCACACACACAAAUGUUUCUGGAUUAAUAUAAACACAACCGAGUGUUAUAAGUCCUGAGCACUGCAUCUUAACACAGGUAAAAAGACAUAUGAAUGAGUGGCAUGAAAUCAGAGGGUACACAAUGUUAUCUUACAGUGUUUUAUUGAUGCUUAUUUUUAUAACACAAAAUAAAGCAAUUAUAUUAAAUAUUAUAAUAACAGAAUACCUGUUCUGUCAAUGAACUGUGCCCCAAUAUACUGUGUGGCAAAUACUAUGUGCAACAGUCUGACAUUUUAGUGAUAUUUAAUGCAAAGAAGAUGCUAACAUUAUUAUUUUGCAAAGAAAGAAAAGACAAUAGGAAAUGUUCAUAGUGCUAGUAUAAUUCAAAACUGAAAUAUGUGGUUUAAAGAAAUACUGUAAAUUCUGCAGUGAUAGACUGGACCUGUCAUUAUGACAUUUAUGUGUUGUAAUAACAUUUACAAUGAAUUACUAGCAGCUUUCCUGGACAACAGCUCCCACAGCCUAUCACUCAGCAAAAUUUAUAGUUAUUUCUCAUAUUAAGAUACAUUCAGUUUAUGAGGACAUAAUAUUCAGAUAAACCCUGAAUAGUUUUAUGUUACAGAACACUUUCUCAGCUAAGAAGGAAUAUAAGAUGGAACACAGUCAUCAACAUGUGUAAUGCAUGGAAGAAGAAAUUCACAAAUUCAACAUGUUUUUACUAUCAUAUUACAUACCAACUGAAACAGUUUGCUAUCCAAGUAAAAAAAAAAGUUUCCUAAAACAAAAUUCCUGAAAAGCGAGUAAUUUUUUAAGUGAACAAAUCAUUUAGCAGAUUUUUUAAAAUUAUCUAACUUCACAUGGACAGAACACUUGCACUUUGUUCAGUGUGAGAGAGCCCCAUAAAGAAUUUUGAUUCCUUUAUAGAAAAACUUAACUUUCAUGAAGGAUUCUAAGAGCAAUGACUUUAAUGAAGCAGUUGUUUAAAACAUCUUAACAGUUUUCCACUAAUGCCAAGGUUGUUAAUGUUAA